CUGUAACACAUCCUAUCUUGAAGCCACUUGUUGGCAUCCAUUCAUCUUGUGAUACCACGGAGUACGCCUCCAGGAGUUACGGUAAGUCAAAUCACUGCAUGAGCAGCACCAAAGUGACCUCCCCGGGGCACAAGCCUGGCCAGUGUGUAUGGAAGUCCUGGUGUGUCUAGAUGAUAAGACCUCCCUUUCAGCCUCACUGAUGUGGUCCAAAGGAAAGCACAGCAAUACGUUGUGUGCCGGUUUGGCUGCAGGAGUUGCCAGAAAAAGGUGUACAAGGCACCAUCCAACCCUAUUGGAGACUCCACUCCAAAUUUGUCUAGUGGAGGUUUAGCAUAAGAGUUUUUCUUCUCCUAGAUAAGCUACCUGGCCAGGUUGAUGAACCCUAUCUGCCCCUCACUUCCUACUACAAGCAGGUGCAGAAACUGCUUUCUUAACCAUUGGACCCACUAUUGGCCUCAUCCGCUCAGUUGACCAGAGCCUGUCUUUGGAUGUAGGAGAAGUCCCUAAGCUUUGAGACCCAUCAGCUGUCCUCAACUGGUUUAGCUGGUUAGUCUGGACCCAACCAGUCAAAUCUGCUCUGCUAAAUAUAAGCAAAGAGGGAACGAGGUCAAGACAUGUGAUCAGGUAUACAGCCAGAAGCACUCCGAUCUUGCAACCCAUCACUUGGAACUGCAGCAACAGCAGGGGCAAGGUCACUCUGUAGUUGGCCAACUUGAUUGUCAAAAUGUCCAGCCAGUUAGUCACGGCAGCUCACUGAAGGCUCCAAGAGUCCUUCCCUCUAUGGCAGUGGUUUUCAACCAGAGUGCCAUGGCACCCUGGGGUGCCUUGAACCAUGGUCAGGGUUGCCAUGGGCAACACUGGCCUCUGUCCCUCUUUCCUUCCCUCCCUUCUGAUGCCUUCCCGUGUCUCUGCCUCCCAAAGGCUUGCACAGCCUUUUGUUACAGCAGCCCUGGCUACAAGCCCCACGAGCGAAAGUUGCCUCUGAGGCUGGCCAAGGCGUGCUGGUUGCCAGGAGCUGAGGUGGCCUUGGAGUAAGCAAGCAAGCAGGCAAGGGAACCCAGCCAGCCAGUCUGUCAGCCCUUGCUGUUGGGAAUGGAUAGACAAGUGGGAGGCUGGGCAGGCAGGCAGGCACUGUGCCGGCCGGCCUUGUGCUUGCUGUGUGCAAGGCCUGCCUGGGAGGUGAGUGCCCAGUGCUAAAGGAGAGCCCGGCAGCACCCGCAGCUGCCUCCCGAGGUAAGGUGAAGGCCUCACGUUUGUCCAGUCUCUGUUAGGUCACUAAGGAUGGGGGCAUCCUCUUCCCAGGCCACUGGGGAGCGGUGUGGGGAGGCACCUCUCUUUUGUGUGGGAGGGGCAGCUUAGAGACCAGGGACAAUGGUAGCUACUGCCCAGAGGGCUCCCAAGGGGAGGGGAGAGAGAGGAAGCUGAGGGAACACUCCAUAAAGCAUGAGGGGCUGCCGGCUCUGUAGGCAAGGGGUGACAUAACUGGCUCCUGAGUCCCACAGGAGUGCCUCAGAAAGAAAGUAGUUGCUCAAGGGAGCCGUGGGCUCAAAAAUGUUGAAGAUCUCUGCUGUAUGGGAAAUACAUGGGAAAGUAUUGUACAGUGGUACCUUGGUUCCCGAAUGGCUUAGUUGUUGAACAAAUCAGCUCCCGAACGCCGCAAACCCAGAAGUGUUCCGGUUUGCAAAUGUUUUUCGGAAGCUGAACGUCCAAUGUGGCUUCCAAUUGAGUGCAGGAAGCUCCUGCAGCCAAUCGGAAGCCGCGCCUUGGUUUUCGAACUGUUUUGGGAGUCAAAUGGACUCCCAGAACAGAUAAAGUUCAAGAACCAAAGUACUACUGUAUAGGGGACGAAAUUCCACAAACUAAGGGCUGCCACCACUGAAAUGAGAGUGGCAGAGCUACCAAGAGGGUCCUCUUGAUCUUAGUACCCAAGAAGGUCUGUAGAGAAGGAGGCAGUGUCAUAGGUAUUUGGAGCGUAAGUCAUUUAGGGCUUUAAACACCAGUCUGAGCACCUGAAAUUGUGCCCCGAAAUGAACUGGCAGCCAAUGCAUCUGUUUUAGAACAGGGGAACCCUACCAGUAAUCUGGCUGCUGUGUUUGAAGCCAAUUGAAGUUUCCAAGUCAUCUUCAACAGCAGCCCAAUGUAGACAACAUUACAAUAAUCUAGGAGACUUACUUGAUCCCUAAAAGGUCUCUAAACAACUUAUAUUUAAAAACAUACACUGUAUAUCCUAUCAGAUAGCAUGCAAGAGCAUUUUGGCAGUCAUCUGCAGUGGUGGGAUCAGUUGCACCUGACUAAGACUCAAAAAGUGUUGGGUUUACUGCUCUUGGUACACCUUUGAAAACUCCUCUUUGUCAUCCAUUCCUGCACUUCCUAUCUUUCCUUCCUAGAACUAAAAAUGAACUGAUUUCACCAUCAGUUGACAGCUUUCAUUUCCAAUGGCUUUCCCUCACGCUAUUUUACCACAACAGAAAUAUUCCUUUAAUGUAUGUAUUAUUCAUGUUAUAAUGAUGGCUUGAGUCAGAGCCUACUACUACUACUACUACUACUACUAUUAUCACUACCAUCAACUACGUGCUGUUUAGUGGUUGAAUUAAGAAAAACAACAAGCUCUGGCCAGAGGGUUACAAGAAGACGCCGAGACCACAAAGAAAGGGGAAGAGACCCAGAAGCACAAGAGGAAGUGGGAAAUUGUAUAUUUAGCAAAUAUUUGAUGCGAGGGAAACUCCAUGCAUUGCCUUCUGGAAAUAAUGUGACACAACAGAGUCUGAAAAUAGUUUUUAUGUAAAAUAAAUGUGCUGUUGCAACUGAGGAUGGGGCAGGGAGCGGGUGUCACAACAGAAACAUCUGCUUGAGAACUUCAACUGCUUGUGGUAUAAUGGUAAUAAAUAGAUAAAUCAAUACAUGGAAAGUCAUUGAACCAGUAUGUGUCAUAACAGAAAUAAACUUCUAUCUAUCAGUUGCUGAAGAGUAAGGAUAGGGAAUAAAUAUCAACACCUUGCCUUUCACAUGAACUAAUCUGCUUGUACUGUAUUGCCUGAAACCAAAUGCUAAGUACAGUGACACACUGGUCUAAUCCUGCAUCCCCACAUCUUGUAUUUGAACAAUUUAGGCUGCAAUACUUAACUGGGGAGUAGGUCCCCUUGAAUUCCAUAGGAUUUAAUUUUGAGCAGGUGACAGCCACACCAUACAUUUACACCUGAGUUAGGAAACCCCUAUUCCCUUCACAGAGCUACAAUUCUCAGAGAGGUUUACCAAUCAAAUCCCUCUUCACACAGCCACUGGGAAUUGUGGUUCUGUGGGGAAAUAGGGCGUUUCCUAUUAAUUCUCAACACCCUUAACAAACUACGGCUCCCAGAAUCCUUUGGAGGAAGCCAUGAGUGUGGUUUUAUAGUGCUUUAAAGGUGUGGUGUGAAUGUGGCCUAUAAUGAUUGUGCUGAAAGUGGCUUUUACUGGUUCUACAUAAUGCAACUUUGAUAACACAGCCUUACCAAUCAUGGGUGGGAGCUUGUCAUACAUUUCCCUCCGUUUCACAAUCCCAGGCAAGCAGCGUCUGUGAGCUUUAUUGAGUCCCUAGUGAACCACCGUGUAUGGCAGAAUCUCCAAGCUUCCCUAUUUUCCAGGGACAGUCCCGGAUUUAACAGAAACCGUCCCGGUUUCUGAUUUGAUCCUAGAAUGUUCUGCUUUUCCUUAGGACGACCCUAUUUCCAUCAGAGAAAUGUUGGAGGGUAUGGAGUUAUGCGACCCUCGAGCCAAGAAGAUAAGUAACUAUACAACCUUUAGAAGACAUCUAAAGGCAGCCCUAUAUAGUUUUAUUAUGUUUUUAUAUACAGUCAUACCUCGGGUUACAGACACUUCAGGUUGUGUUUUUUCGGGUUGCAGACCGCCAAAACCCGGAAGUACCGAAACAUACAGUUCUGUUGCUGAUUCAACUUUGGGGACUGGUCAUUUAAGGCCAUCAAGUUGCAUUGCUGGUUUAUAAACAGCUUUAAAGUAUGCCUUUGUGACACAUAUUUGUGAUUUUAACCACUGUGUGUUUUAUUUCAUCGGAAGCUGCUUUGAACACUGUGGUUGAGAUCGGGGUGGGGAAAAGCAAUUCUAUACUGCAGUUGCCUUGGUGCUAAAGAAUCCCUUGUUGAUGUUUCCCUCUCCUCUCUAGGGCUGAACACAUACUGGAUAAGGCCAAACCACUGGGGCAGGUGACUGGAUCCGGACCCCUUAGGAUCAGAUAUCCUAACAGCAGUAUACAGUGGUAGCUCAGGUUAAGUACUUAAUUCGUUCCGGAGGUCCGUUCUUAACCUGAAACUGUUCUUAACCUGAAGCACCAGUUUAGGUAAUGGGGCCUCCUGCUGCUGCCACACCGCCAGAGCACAAUUUCUGUUCUCAUCCUGAAGCAAAGUUCUUAACCCGAUCUACUAUUUCUGGAUUAGCGGAGUCUGUAACCUGAAGCGUAUGUAACCCGAGGUACCAAUGUACUUGCUUCUAGGAUAACUCUGCCUAUUCUUAUCCCUGAAAUGUGACACUAUCUGUUUGUUUGCAUAAUCCUUAAGACAGAUGCUGACCUAUGGUACAAUCCUGUGUAUGUUCACUCAGAAGUAAGCCCCACAGUGUUUAAUGGGGUUUCUUACCUAGUGGGGUGCUGUGGAUUGCAGGAUUCAACUGUGAAUUUGGAUAAAAUGGCAUCUGUAUAACAUGUUGUUGUUGUUGUUGUUGUUUUAUUAAGGGAAUUUCAUUUAUAAAAAAGAGGAAAAAAGAAAAAGUGAGAAUGGAGGAAAAAGAAAAAUACGUCACCAUACAUUAAUAUACACACGUGUAUAAUCUUGUUAUCUUAAUAACCUUAUAUAUUCUGUGUAAACUCAUUCCAAAUAUCAUUGUAUGUAUCCAAGGGUAAGAGCAAGGGUAAGCCCAGGAAAUGCCUAUCAACCUUUGGGGGGGACGGACGCCCCGUCAAAUAUUUUAUUGGGGGAGGGUGAAAGGACCUUGGCCCCUAGGAGUUGGCUUCUAUGCGUAAGACACACACACACACACACACACACACACACACACACACACACACAGAGAGAGAGAGAGAGUUUGUGUGUGUAUGACUGGAGUAAUACACACGCACAAGCAGAUACCACUGUAUGUUACACAGUCCUGAUACUGUCCUUAUGUUUACAUCAGUCUAAGAUGUCGACGGAUCCACCCGAGGGACACGAUUGCUCCUUUCUUUGGCCAGCUCCCUCCGGAUGGGAAGCUGGCAGAGGGGGUGGCAAGCUCCGUCUUGCUUCUUUUGUAGAAAAAGCCGACUGGUUCAAGCUCUGGGCCCGCCCCGUCCAUGUCAUGCUUCCCCUUUUCUCAGCAGCGGCCGGACGUAAAAGGCGCUGAGACACAACGCCUCCCGGCCACAACUUCCGCAGGGGGAGAGAAGCUGGACGUUCCCGGACGCCUCCGCCGCGGGGAGAAGGACCAGGCUCACCUGCUCGAUAGGUAAGUGCUGCUUCUCAACAAGAUGCUGCAGGUGAAGCUCCAGGAGUGGCGACCCCCGUUCCUCUCCCUCGCCCCUUGUCCGACGUGAAGCCCCUUUGGCAGCCAGACGGCUCCCCCCCUCUUUUCAAUGGGCUUUCGCGUGUCUUCAGUAUUUUGCAGCGUAGGGGAAGAGAAAGAAAAGCGUAUUGUGGCAUCUUAAAAGAGAUGCUGCUGCAAAAAUCUAGUUACUGGAUUGAUAGAUCAGAUGUCAAAGAAAUAAACAACUGUCUGAAUUUUAGAAGACAUCUGAAAGCAGCCCUAUUUAGGUAAGUUUUUAAUGUUUGAUGUUUUAUCCUGUUUUUAACAUUCUGUCUGGGAAAAGCCAGCCAGGUGGGUGGGGUAUAAAUAACAAAUUAUUUAAACAAUUAUUAUUAUACUGGAUGCUUCUCUCAGAGCUCUCCCCCCCCACCUCCCCAGUUAUUUUAUUUGUUCAACACUCCUGUAAAGGCUGAGAGGCUAUUAUUAGAAUUAGAAUUUAUAUACCGCCCUAUACCUGGAGGUCUCAGGGCGGUUCACAGAAUAAAAUCAAAAUAUAAAACAACAACCCGAUAAUGCCCCCCCCCCCCCAAAAACACACACCACGUUUUAAAAGGUCAUAGGAUGUAAAUCAAAUCAACCAAAGGCCUGAUUGAUAGCUAGAGGUCAGAGCAGCCUAAAUCAGUACAGUGGUGCCUCGCAAGACGAAAUUAAUUCGUUCCGCAAGUCUCUUCGUCUUGCGAGUUUUUCGUCUUGCGAUGCACGGUUUCCCAUAGGAAUGCAUUGAAAAUCAAUUAAUGCGUUCCUAGGGAAACCGCCUUCAGACCAGGUCCGGGGACAGUCUGUCCCCGGACCUCUUCUGAAGGCUGGGGGGGGGGCAAGGGCUUUUCUUCCCACCCCCAGCAUUUUAAAAAUCCCGGGACAGCGGAGGACUUCUCCGCUGUCCGGCGAUCUUAAAAUGCUGGCGGGCGGCAUUUUAAAAUCACCCGGGACAGCGGAGGACUUCUCCGCUGUCCGGGGCAAUUUAAAGCCCCUGGGAAGGCAGGCAGGGGGACAAAGACUUUGCCCCCGCCAGCCUUCAGAAGAGGUCCUGGACCUCUUCUGAAGGCGGGCGGGGCGAAGUCUUGCUCCCCCGCCUUCAAAAGCCCUCCGGGACAGGCAGGCAGGGGGAGCAAAGACUUUCGCCCCCGCCUGCCUUCAGAAGGUCUUCCCUCCCCCCGCCCGGCUCGGAGCACCGUUCCGAGCCGGGCGGCGGCGGAGGUGUUCCCUCCCCACCGCCCGGCCCGGAGCACCGUUCCGGGCCGGGCGGCGGGGAGGUCUUCCCUCCCCACCGCCCGGCUCGGAGCACCGUUCCGAGCCGGGCGGCGGGGAGGUCUUCCCUCCCCACCGCCCGGCUCGGAGCACCGCUCCGAGCCGGGCGGCGGGGAGGUCUUCCCUCCCCCCGCCCGGCUCGGAGCACCGUCCCGAGCCGGGCGGCGGGGAGGUCUUCCUCCCCACCGCCCGGCUCGGAGCACCGUUCCGAGCCGGGCGGCGGGGAGGUCUUCCUCCCCCCGCCCGGCUCGGAGCACCGUCCCGAGCCGGGCGGCGGCGGCAGGUGUUCCCUCCCCCCGCCCGGCUCGGAGCACCGUCCCGAGCCGGGCGGCGGCGGCAGGUGUUCCCUCCCCCCGCCCGGCUCGGAGGAGCCUCCCGAGCCCGGCGGCGGCGGGAGGAGGUGUCCCCGCCCCGCCGCCAGGCUUCGGAGGAGGUCCGAGGACAGUGGGGAAGACGCGCUGCGCUUCCCCGCUGUCCCUGAGAUUUCCUAUGGGCUGUCGUCUUGCGAAGCAAGCCCAUAGGGAAAUUCGUUUAUGAGCGCCUCCAAAACGGAAAACCCUUUCGUCUAGCGGGUUUUCCGUCUUGCGAGGCGUUCGUCUUGCGGGGUACCACUGUACCCACAUAAUUCUGGGAGCGGGAGGGAAAGGGGCUUAUUUCCUAACAAUCUUCCAGCCUGUGUAAAUGGCUUCGAAAAGGGAACGUGAUGGUAUCAAGUUGAAAAUGCUGGAAGUAAGAGAGGAGGUGGAUCGCAAUCUGCUGCUGUCUUCCCUUUGAUGUUGGAUGCCCCUGGAUUUGGACUGUCUGGAAAUCGAACUUCUUGUUUCUGUCUCAGAUUUCUGAAGAACCAUAUGGUGUGGUGUCCAGAUGAAUCAUACUCAAAAGUAGACCCACUGGAAUCAGUUGACUUAAUUUAUCUCAGCGGGUCAGCUUUGAGUAUGAUUUAGUUGGACACACCACCCAUUUUCUUUUAAAAACCCUGUGCAUAAUAUAAAUCAGCCAAGAAGUUUGUAGGAUUCAUUUCAUAGAAGUAAAAGCUGAAAAAAUGUUUUUCAACAUGGUAAAACUGUUCUACUAGUUAAGUAAAAAAAAAAAAGUUUUGCCUGCAAAGAACAUGAGUUUCUAGUUGCGACUUGGAUUUCCCCAUUGCCUGACUAUAUUUAAGAGGCAGUGUAAGACUUGCUUACUGUAGAGUUUUUUUAGUGGGUAGGGAUAAGAGAAAAUUGAGUUCUUUUGCUUUUUUAAAAAAAGGAAGUGUGGUUGUAGCUGGAUAUUUUUUCUCUUGGGGUUUUUGUGCUUCUGUUUAAUGUUAGUACAGUAGAUUUGGGGUUUAUACAGAGUUUGUAUGUGAGUAAAAAAUCCUCUUCAAACAGGCACAAUAGCAACCCUUGUCAUCAAAACAUCUCUUCCUUUGGUUUACCUUCCUUUUUCAAACAUCUAGUUUGAGGAAGAGUUCUGUAUCACCCAAAGGGCUGCAUACUGCACUCUUCAAUUCAAAUUGAUCUAAAUAAAAACUAUUGUUUCACAUGUUCUGAUUUGGGGGUCAGGAGAGGGAGGUUGGACCAGUGUGACUAGAACAUGUUUUAGAACUUAAAACACAAUAUAACACAGGGGUUUAGGUGUGCCAGGUUUUGUUUUUCAUUGAGAGCAUACAAGAAGUAAUGGGGAAAAGUAAAUUGUUCAUAAAGUGUUGCAACUUAACUCUUGUUGGUUUUCCCCGGGCUGGAUUAUGUCUUUCCUCUAACCAUUCCUUUCUUAACCACCUUGUAUCUAUUGGUUUGUGGAUCAGCUAUUAAGAACAUUUGCCAUCUGCAAGGUAAUUUGAGUGAGUUUAUUUAGCAGUUUUUAGCCAGGAAGUUAAUUAGGUAGAGGGCCCUAUGAGAUCUCAAGCUGAUGCUCAAUUGCCAGGUGUCACUGCCUUUCGCUAUCUUUGUCUGCUAUAAAUAAAUGAGACUGUUUCUAUUCCUUCUUGCCUUUAAAACUGUGGCUGGUUUCCUGCAUUGAACUUCACCUGAAAGUCACAGCGAAGCUCACACUGGUAUGUCUAUAGCAUCAUAGAAUUGUAGAGUUGGAAGGGGCUCUGAGGAUCAUCUAGUCCAACCCCAUUCAAUGCAGGAAUAUGCAGCUGUCCCAUACGGGGAUCGAACCUGCAACCUUGGCAUUAUCAGCACCACGCUCUAACCAACUGAGCUAAAAAGUGAGCUGUUGAAUGAAGCAGAUUGAGGAAAUAGUAUGCAGGUUCUUGAAUGGAAUUUUUUUAUGUCUUAUGUUUGCAGCUGAGUUCCUCUAUUAUGCAUGUCCUUUCUGCUGAUUCUACUCCUGUGUUGAUUAUUUCAUGUUUAUAGGGUUCAUAGGGUCAGGGCAUAUCAACAGUUUUCUACAUGCCUGGUUGCAUUCACUACCAGGAGUGCAGGAAGUGUUCCUGGGAAAGACAAUGACUCCAGAUGGACAGGCCACACUUAGUCCUCUGCCUGUCUCUGCUGUUGUGUCUCUGUCCGCUGAGAACCUUAAAAAUAAUAGAUGGUGCCAAUGGUUGUUUGCUAAGACCAAAGAUGACUGGAGAGCUCAGCCAUUUCAGCAUUCAGCCAAAUUGUUUCUAAGUCUUCUCCUUCUAGGUGGAUUCAUUGUAUUCUGGAAUAUUGGCUAGACUCACAGAGCAGAUUCAUUACAAACAUUAGACCUGUUGGAUGUAGAGCUGAAACAUUCAGGCUGGAGGGAACAGAAACUGUGAAAAAACAACCUCAUUCCAGCUCCUAAAAUCAGAGCUGCCUGGUUUAUGUCUGCCUGGUAGCCUUUUAAUCCUAGUUGUGUGUUAAGUAAAAUGUGGGAAUCACUGAUGGGGAAUUCCAACCUGUUCUAUAUCAAGAUAUAUUCUCUGCACAGUACUAACUGCCAUAGGAAAACAGACUGAGCUCAGGCCAGCUUUUGGCUACGGUUUCACAUGUGCAUAUUAAAGUGCAUAUUAAUACAGCACUUCCAGUGUACCUGUGCCAUAAGGUGGUGCUGUUCCCCAAAAAAUAAAACAGCCAAAGUCUGAGCCAGGUCGGAUGAGCAUUUUGUACAGAAAGGUAACAUACUCAUCAGAUAAUCGAUCUUGUACGCACAACUCGUUUUUCGCUGCUCAUUCCAGGCUUCUUCAGCAAGGGUUGUUAUCAAAGCGAUGGCUUUACCAUUUAAAUUUCAACCCCUCCUUGAGAACAGAAAAGCCCUGCUAUAUAUUACACCACAGUCAGCAUUCUGUUCUCACAAUAAGCGACCUGAUGGCUAUGGGAAGCCUAUCGGUAGCACAUGUGUGCAUUAACAUUCUCCUGUUUGUAUUCCUCAGCAACUGGUAUUCAGGGCCAUGGGACCCAAAGGUAAAUGCAGCCAUUGAUACCCAUAUCUAUGAAUGUGCCUGCUUGCUGUCCCUCAUUCUCACCACCACCUUAAGCUGACCUAAGAGUCAGGGAGGUAUCCCCGGUGGCCAUGGGUGUAGCCAGGAUUUUUGUUGGGGGGGGGGGGGACAGGACUUGGUUAGGGGGGUGGGACUUUUGUUGGGGGGGCAGAACCGAUGUGAUUGGUCAGUUAGUUAAGUAUUUCUAUUGUUUUACUUGAUGGGGGUGGGCAGCUGCCCUGCCCUUGGCUACACCCAUGCAAGUGGCAGUGCAGUAUACAUAAAUAUAACCAGUUAGGACAGAGCUUUCCAGACUUUUCAUGUUGGUGACACACUUUUUAAACAUGCAUCCUUUCGCGACACAGUAACUUAGUUUUACUAGCAAACCGAGUUGAUAGGCGUUUCCAUUAUUGAUUAUAUGGGGCGGGGCUUACCUGGGCUCCCCCAAUAUUUUAUUCAAGUUGGCACCCUUGCUCUUACCCUUGGAUAAAUACAAUGAUAUUUGGAAUGAGUUUACAUAGAAUAUAUAAGGUUAUUGACAAUUAUAUGUGCAUUAAGAUAAUAAGAAUAUACACUUAUAAGAGUGUUUGCGUGACACACUGUAGCCAACACACUAACAUGUCAUGACACAUAGUUUGGGAAGCUCUGAGUUAGGGAAACAAGUGACAACCCCCCCCCCAUACAUGAGCGGUACUUGCAGCAAUAAAACUGCUAGCACAUUUGCAAAGCUAAGCAGGGUCCUGUAUGGUUUCAAAUUGGAUGGGAGACCACAUGUUGAGAUUCCUGCAUCACAGGCAUUAGACUGGAUGACCCUCAGGGUCCCUUCUUAACAAAUCCUUUCCAGUUGCACCCUAGGCUCUCUGGAUCCUGGCCUGUGGGGUUUUUUUGGCACAGUAGUUUCAGAAUAUUCUUGGUUUUUCUUUUAUGUUCAACAUAGUGAGCACACCUGCGGUUUGCUUAUUUGGGGGAGUUGAUGAGCUCACAUGCAUCAUAUAUUCAGCGCACUCACACCACUGACAGGGACAAAGACUCUUUAGCAUGUGCUAUGUAGUCUGAAAGAAUGGCUUCCUGUUGUAGAUUCAAGUAAGCAGCUUCUGAGAGCAAAGGAUGCCUACAUUCCUGGGAGUGCUUUUUUUGGUGUGCACUUGGCAAGGACCUGCUACACAGUGUGCCCUGUUGGUUAACCCUUUGGCCACUGCUUGGAAACCGCUGCAGGGGGAAUAUUUCAGCAGCCAUUUGCUGAUGUGCAGAGCUUUAACCACCUGAAGUGUUAGAUACCCGUUUCCCUUUCACAUCAAAUAGAAAUGCUAAAGUAACUAAAAAUGGGGAAGUAUAAAGGCAUCUAAAAUAGGGGCCUUUCCAGGUUUGUGAAAUAUAAUUUUUUUUUGAAAUUGUGCUGUUUCAUUCUCAGCAGCUUACAACAUUAAUAAAAAAAAAUUCAGUUAGAAAAACACCCACCCCAUAAGAAAACCAAUUUUAAAUAAUACAAAUCAUAACAUAAAACAACCCCAAAGGCCUGCAAAAAACUAAAAAGUUUAUUAAUAGUUAUGUACAUGUGUUCUGUCUUUUUUUGGGAGAAAUACCCUGUCUAAAUAGCACCAGAAACUAACUAAUAUCCUGUAUUAUGUUGUAAUAAUAAUAAAUAAUAAAUUAUUUAUACCCCACCCAUCUGGCUGGGUUUCCCCAGCUACUCUGGCCAGCUCCCAACAGAAUAUUAAAAACACAAUAAAAGAUCAAACAUUAAAAACUUCCCUAAGCCUUUUAUAGACUUAUUAUCAUGUCACAGUCCAGAAGUGUGUGUAUUAUAGUUUCUCCAGAGCUCUUCAGUCAACUGUCUGUUCUGUGUAUCUAUAUGAGAAGUUCCUAAAUCCCCUUUUUCCUCCUCCUUUCUGCUGCUUCACAUGCUUUCUCUGUAAUGUACUUUCCAGUCUUGCCUUGAAAAACUUCUGCUUCCCCCACCACUGCUGCCCUAGAUCCCUUGUGAUUUCAGGAAUAGCUUUGAAUGAAUCUUGUGCCAUGUUAAAAGACUGAGAUAUUUUCCCCUCUGAACUUCUUUUUCAUUUAUUCUAUAGACUGGAAAAAUUGGGAUACUUCAUCGUCUUUAGAUCCGGGUGUUUUGCUGCAAUGGGAAAUGGUAACUCCAAAAGAACAUUUCCUUUUUCUCCAAGAAACAGCGUGAAGGACAGCCGUGCGAGUCCAGGACAAGAAGGCUUUAAGCAAAAGCCCAAAACGUUUGAACUGUCACUGGGUGAAGAAACCAGUGGUGAGACCAAUACUGAAGAAAUUCACAGCAGUGACGAAGAUCCUGGGGAUGUUUUUUACAGGUUUGUGGUUCUUCAUGCUGAGGAAGAUGUCGAGGAAGCUGCCAGAGUCCAGGACUUGCUACAGAAUGAAUUCUGCAUUAAACCAGGAAUAAUAUUUGCCGAAAUGCCUGGUGGGAGGCAUCUCUUUGAAAAUUUAAACGAUGCAAUGAAUGGCUCUGCUUGGAUAAUCAUCUUGCUGACUGAAAACUUCUUAAGUGAGCUUUGGUGCGAGUUCCAGUUCUGCACGUGUCUGUUCAGUGCAUUGACCAUACCGCACAAAGGAUACACCGUCAUCCCAAUGAGGCCGCGGAAUAACCCCCUCCCAAGAGAGAGGACUCCUUUCAUUCUCCAGACCAUUAACACGCUACAGGAAGAUAGCCCUGGAUUUGCCCAGCAAGUGAAGAACAUUUUCCAGGACUCGAGAUAUAGGCAACAGCAAGCCAUAUGGCAGUAUGAAAAGAAGAAGGAAGAGGUGCAAAAACUGCUUGAGUGGCAAACCUAUUAAGGCAAUUUCUGCAAAAGCCCCUUACGCCCCAAAGAACUGCUGUUUUUCAAAUGAUCCCCACUGAGUGUUAAUCAUCCUAACACUUAACUGUGUCUCAUGGCAGAAAAAUGCUCCCUAGCUAUAAGAGCUGACUUCAUGGAAGCUUUUCAGAGAGUGUUCAUAGAUCAGGGGUUACAGAAACAGAUCCUUGGCAUCUCCAGUUAAAUGAUCUUUCAUAGAGCCGGAAGUAGCUCUGCCUGGGAGGGACACUACCAGUGAGAUUUGACAAUACUGGGCUAGAUGGUCCAAUGGUCUAAACUCCAUGGUUCUCAAAGUGGGCAGUACCAUCCCCAGGGUGGGGGAGCGGUUACCUGGAGUGUGUGCUAUGAGACAGGGUGGCUCUGGAGGUGUAAAUGACUAUCAGACUUUGAGAAGCUGUUAUCCCUGUUGCACUAAUUGAACUAAAUACUUUUCAUUGGAUUUUGAAUAAAUGUGCAGUUAUUUGUUACCGUCUUGAA